AACUGUAUAUUUUAAGGAGGAGUUUAUCUUCUUCAAGUGAGGACGCAUUAUUUGUCAAGCUCUAUUGUUUGUGAUUAUGGCAAACCGAAGCCAACUCAGCCCUGGACAUGUAAGAUGGCGAUUGCUUUGUAUAUUACGACGGAAACUGGUAUUUCUCAUUGUGCUGUCUUUUAUGGGAGAUCGAGCGGCUGCUCAGAUUCGUUAUUCCAUACCAGAGGAGAUGAAAAAGGGCUCUUUGAUCGGUAACGUCGCACAGGACCUCGGUCUGGACCUGAAAAGGCUCCGCUCUGGUCGGGCCCGCAUCGUAAGCGGAGAAAACAUCCAGUACACGGAGCUGAAGACAGACAAAGGGAUUCUAGUCGUGAACGAGAGAAUAGACCGAGAGCAGCUUUGCGGAGACGUGACACCGUGCAGCCUCAGCUUCGAAAUAAUUUUAGAAAAUCCAAUCGAACUUCACCGUGUCACUGUCGAAAUCUUAGACAUAAACGAUAAUGCUCCUUUCUUUCCGAAUAAAGACAUCCACUUUGAAACGAGCGAAUCUGCCACAACUGGGUCAAAAUUUCCCGUCGAAAGCGCAGUUGAUCCUGACGUUGGCCUCAACGCGUUGCAAAAUUACAUUCUGUCACCCAAUAAUUAUUUUAUCUUGAAACAGCAUGCGAAUCCAGACGGCAGUAAAUACGCUGAACUGGUGCUGCAGAAGCCAUUAGACAGAGAGGAACACCCGAGUCUCUCUCUGAAAGUGAUAGCUGUAGACGGUGGAAACCCACAGAGAUCAGGUACGGUGAAUAUAAAUGUGUCAGUUUUAGAUGCAAACGACAAUGCUCCCGUAUUUAACCAGUCAAUUUACAGGGCUGUUGUCGUGGAAAACGCCCCAAAGGGGACUUACAUCACAACAGUUAACGCUACUGAUGCAGAUAUCGGAACUAACGGGGAGGUCAUUUUCAGCUUUGCAAAAAUAAGAGGCUUUACGGUUGACAUAUUUAGUAUCGAUGAAAACACAGGUGUCAUAUCAGUUGCUGGACUUAUAGACUAUGAAAAAGAGAAAAAAUAUGAGCUCAGGUUAGAGGCAAGGGAUCGAGGAGGUUUAACUGGGACCAGUAAGGUUAUAAUUGAUAUUAGUGACGUCAAUGAUAAUUUUCCAGUUAUAAAUAUCAUGUCUUUUUCUAAUACUGUAUCAGAAGAUGCUCCUAUCGGCACCACUAUAGCAGUUGUAAACGUCAAAGAUGCUGAUUCAGAGAAAAAUGGACAGAUAAACUGUGCUAUAGACAAAACCCUUCCGUUUAAAAUUCAGUCUUCAUUAACUAACUACUAUAACUUGGUGGCGGAUCAGCAUUUUGAUAGAGAGACAACUUCUGAAUAUGAUAUUACAAUUAUAGCCACAGACUCAGGUUCUCCUCCUCUUUCUAGCUCCGUCACAUUACAGCUUAAAGUCUCUGAUGUAAACGAUAAUGGCCCGUUGUUUGAUAAAACAUCAUAUUCUGCCCACAUCGCAGAGAAUAAUUCACCUGGAAUGUCAAUCACUUCUGUCAGUGCGCAGGACUCAGACUGGAAUCAAAACGCAAGAGUCUCCUAUUUCCUGGAAAACACACACAUAAGCGGUAGUCCGGUGUCUAACUACGUGUCCAUAAACUCUGAAACCGGAGUUUUACAUGCGGUUCGCUCCUUUGAU